GAGUUACAGAAUUUUACAAAGUGGGCUGCUAAGGAUUUUUCUCAUCACUCAAACAUUUUCCGCUGAGAACUGUAAAGGAGCGGCUUUGACUAUCGCUGGGGUUACACUGGGAAAAUGAUAGGCUCUGCAUUGGUUCAAACGUGCCUUUCAGACAUACAGGCUAAUCUUUUAAUUGACCUCUUUUAAUGCGAUUCUUUCGAAAUUCUAGUAUCUAUGUACCAUGUUAUUAGUAUAUUUCUCGCUCGCCAUUUGAUAUUAGCGCGAUGUGACGGUUAGCACUUGCUUAACUAUACUGCCGAACAUUUCUAAACAUCAAGCAAUUCGAAUUAGAGGUUUUGUCAUGGCAAAAAAUUGCCCAGACGCAUCAAAGGAUGACCUUAGCAAGGUUUCUGAUGAAGAACUGCUGAGAUGGAGCAAAGAGGAGUUAGUGAGAAGGUUGAGACAGGUUGACGGAGAAAAGAUGAACUUGAUGAUCGAGCAUGGGAACAUGAUGAAAGACGUCAAUCGAAGACUGCAGGUGCACCUCCAUGAGAUCCGCAAUCUGAAAGAGGUCAAUCAAAAACUGCAGGACGACAACCAAGAGCUCCGAGAGCUGUGUUGUUUUCUGGACGACGACAGACAGAAAGGCAAAAAACUGUCGCGUGAGUGGCAACGUUUCGGCAGGUACACUGCCAGCGCCAUGUGGAAAGAAGUAGGCAUCUACCAGCAGAAGCUGAGAGAGCUGGAGGCCAACCAGGAGAGUGUAAUGCGAGAAAACACAGAACUGAAAGAAAUCAUCCUCAUGCUGGACGACGAGCGGAAUGGCGCGGGUUCGAGAAGUUCUAUUGAUAGUCAGUCCAGCCUGUCCAAUCUGAACGGGGGAACAGGUGCUGUUCGGGAUGUGGGGGACGGCAGUAGCACUUCCAGCGCAGGCAGUGCAGGUAGCCCAGAUCAUCACCACAGCCACAUACACAAAACCGUGGAAACCAAAAUGGGCAGCACCAUGAGGAGGUCAAUGGACGAUCUCUCGGCACCUCAUCAUCACAGAAGCAUCCCCAAUGGUCUCAAUGAUUCGUCCUCAAACUACAUUCGACAGCUGGAGACGAAGGUACGCAUUUUAGAGGAUGACAACAACAAGCUUCUCUCACAGCCCUGUAGCCGAUAUAGCUUAUCAAAGAUCCCAAUGAAGUGUAAUCCUGGUGACCUGCGUGCCCUGAGAAAGGGCAUGACCCUGUACCACUCUGAGUCCCAGCUGUCCUCGCUGCCCCAGCGACAGGAGGCCCUGCUCAACGGACCUGGACGACUCCCGACCAGCGAGUCUUCACCCUCGACUGGAUUCCUCUCAACGGUGCAGAAACCGGAGACUGUGGUGCAUGCCAUGAAGGUGCUGGAGGUUCAUGAAAAGCUGGAUAAGCAGCCCCCGGAGGACUAUGAGGAGGACCUCAGCGAGAAAGAGAAGGCCAUUGUCCGGGAGAUGUGCAACGUGGUGUGGCGCAAGCUGGGUGAUGCUGCUGGAUCAAAGCCGUCCAUCCGACAGCACCUCUCUGGGAAUCAGUUCAAAGGCCCUCUGUAGAGGCAGCAGCGCUCUGACAAACUGGAACGCACGCAACCCCAACCUGCCCCCCUCUGUACCUCCAUCAGCUCUCCACGCUCCCUGCUUCAAAAAAGUCACUUCACUCUCUGACACAACUGCCACAGCACCUGAAAUGACCCCACGAAUAACGGAACUUCGCUCGCUCCCCGGCCCUCCGUCCCCGGCCGACUUCGGCCGACGGGUUUCCUUUGCGCCCGCCUGUGAAGAGUUGAAGACUGGCAACUAGAUUUCACAGAUUUGCC